AAUAGUUCCCUCCAGUCUGGGAAGCGAGCUGGACAGCUGAGCCAGGCAGAGCCCAGAGCACCCAGCAGGCCCAUGCUGAGGCUAGAGCCCUCCCCUGGGCUGGGGGGCCGCCGGCCUGGCCCCCUGCCCGUGCUCCUGGCUCUCCUUGGCAUGACCUGGGCAGAGGUGCACCCACUCCAGCUACAGGAGAAGCAGGUUCCAGUGCCUGGAGCCCUGAGCAAGAAGGAGAGCUUCCUGCUCCUCUCCCUGCACAACCGCCUGCGCAGCCGGGUCCACCCCCCCGCAGCCAACAUGCAGAGAAUGGACUGGAGCGAGAGCCUGGCCCAACAGGCCCAGACCAGGGCAGCGCUCUGUGGCGCCCCAGCCCCAAGCCCAGCCUCUGCCCCCCGGGCUACCCCGCAAGUGGGCUGGAAUGUACAGCUGCUGCCCGUGAGCUCGGCGUCCUUCAUCCACGUGGUGGGCCUGUGGUUCUCAGAGGGGCAGCAGUACAGCCAGGCAGCAGCCGAGUGUGCCCCCAAUGCCACCUGCACCCACUACACUCAGCUCGUGUGGGCCACCUCGAGCCAGCUGGGCUGUGGGCGGCACCCCUGCUCCGGGGCCCAGGCUGAGAUGGAAGCCUUUGUCUGUGCCUACUCUCCCGGAGGCAACUGGGAGGUCAACGGGAAGACCAUCGUCCCCUACAAGAGGGGCGCCUGGUGCUCUCUCUGCACGGCCAGCGUCUCGGGCUGCUUCAAAGCCUGGGACCACGCAGGGGGGCUGUGUGAGGUCCCCAGGAACCCAUGUCGCAUGAGCUGCCGGAACCACGGACAUCUCAACCUCAGCACCUGCCACUGCCACUGUCCCCCGGGUUACACAGGCAGAUACUGCCAAGUGCGGUGCAGCGUGCAGUGCGUGCACGGCCGGUUCCGGGAAGAGGAGUGCUCCUGCGUCUGUGAUGUUGGCUAUGGGGGAGCCCAGUGUGCGGCCAAGGUGCACUUUCCCUUCCACACCUGUGACCUGAGGAUCGAUGGAGACUGCUUCAUGGUGUCUUCGGAGGCAGACACCUAUUACGGAGCCAAGAUGAAAUGCCAGGGAAAGGGCGGGGUGCUGGCCCAGAUUGAGAGCCAGAAAGUGCAGGACAUCCUCGCCUUCUACCUGGGCCGCCUGGAGACCACCAACGAGGUGACCAACCAUGACUUUGAGACCAGGAACUUCUGGAUCGGGCUCACCUACAAGACCGCUAAGGACUCCUUCCGCUGGACCACCGGGGAGCACCAGUCCUUCACCAGUUUCGCCUUUGGGCAGCCUGACAACCAGGGGUUUGGCAACUGUGUGGAAUUGCAGGCAUCGGCCGCCUUCAACUGGAACGACCAGCGCUGUAAAACCCGAAACCGUUACAUCUGCCAGUUUGCUCAGGAGCACAUUUCCCGGUGGGACCCAGGGCCCUGAGGCUCACCCAUGCCUCUCCCCUGCCAGCACCUGGAUGCACAGCCCUACUUGCCCUUCUGCCCAGCUGUUUAGAGCAAGGGCCGGGCUAGGACUGCAGGCCCAACAGCCAAAGAGGCCUCAGACCUUGCAGGAAGUGGGGCAGGGGGUACAAGUGAGGCCGAUGGAGAGCCCGGUAUAGGAGGAGGGGAGCCUGGGGUCCCCCAGCCUGCUUUUGAGUGGGAAGAUGGGUCUCAAUUAGGCACUGAAACAGGAGUCUGGGGCAGUGGUCAGAAGAGACCACUCUCCUCCAGCCGGGCUGGACCCUCUGGGGCAGACAGAGGUUCCUUGCUGCCCAGGACGCACCCCACCAAGGAUUAAACUAAACUAAGUUAUGGAUCAGCCGGACUUGUGAAUGCUCAUUGUGAAGGCGAAUUCAGACAACCCAGAAUGAUCCCAGGAAGACUGGUUUCCUCCCAGACAACCCCAGUCCCAUCCCUGCUCUCCCACAUGACCCAGGCCACCCUCUGGAGGUUUUCAGACUCUUAGUCCUGAAUAAUGCACAGAUUUAGAAGUCUUGCUUGUCCGCAUCCCUAAUUUCCAGCUCCUCUCACCACUGCCUCUGUCAGCUUUGUGUUUCUGUUCACACUUCCUCCUUUAUGAAUUAUGCUUGCUUCUAUAUGUCUCUUCUUUCUUUGUGAUCAUCUGAACUGGGGUCUGUUAUGGCCCCAUCUCCUCCCUCUCCCUAUAGCGGUGAGAGGGUGAGUCCAGGCAGGUGCGAGGCUGGGAGUUGCUACCAUCAGUGUGCAGAAUGCACACUGUUAUGUGCGAACAUCGAGUUGCUUUGCUGGUUGGAAGUGUCAGUACAAGUGUGGCCUGGGCCCAUGGAACCGGGAGAAGCAGAUCAGUCACGGUUCUUGGCUGCAGCCAAUAGAAACAUAGAAACAGCUCUGGCUAGUCAUGGCAGAAAAGGAAUUUAUCAAAAGGGCAAUGAUUUUUAAAUGGGCAAAGGACUUGAAUAGACAGUUCUCCAAAGAAGAUAUACAAAUGGCCAAUAAGCACAUGAAAAGGUGUUCAACGUCACUAGUCAUUAGGAAAUCCAAAUAGAAACCACAGUGACACACCACUUCACAUUCAUUACGACGGCUGUUAGCAACGAAACAGACAAUAACAAGUGUUGAUGAGGGUGGGGACCCACUGGAAUCCUCAUACAUUGCUGGGGAAUGUAAAACGGUGCAGCCACAGUGAAAAAUAGCUUGGCGAUUGUUCAAAAGUUAAACAGGACUUCGCUGGUGGCACAGUGGUUAAGAAUCCACCUGCCAAUGCAGGGGAUGAGGGGUCCAUCCCUUGUCCGGGAAAAUCCCACAUGCCGCAGAGCAACUAAGCCCGUGCACCACAACUACUGCGCUUGUGCUCUAGGGCCCGCGAGCCACAACUACUGAAGCCCACGCACCUAGAGCCUGUGCUCUGCAACAAGAGAAGCCACCGCAAUGAGAAGCCCACGCACUGCAACAAAGAGUAGCCCCUGCUCACCACAACUAGAGAAAGCCUGCACGCAGCAACGAGGACUCAACGCAGCCAAAAAUAAAUAAAUUAAUUUAAAAAAAAUUAAACACAACUACCACAUGACCCAACAAUUCCUCUCCUAGGUAUGUACCCAAGAGAAACGAAAACAAGUGCUCAAAUAAAUCCUUAAAACAC